AUCGUGCCGGUGCCAUGUCCUGGGGCUGGGACAGUCGGAGGGGAACGCUCCGGCUCACCUCAUGGCGAGCUGCCCUGCGCCAGGCCGGGCCAUGGGGCUGGGCUGCCGCGGGCAGCGCCCGUGUCCGGCCCCAGCCACAGCAUCCCCAGCCGCUGACAGGGCCGGGGCCGGCCACACGUGCUCCCUGCGCCGCGCCCGAGGCGGCUCUGGCCCCGGCCCCGGCCCCGGCCCAGGCCCCGGCCUGCGACUCUGCGGGGCCUGAGCCUGAGGCCCGUGGCCGCGCUGGGCCGGGGCGGCCCCUCUGCUCCAAGCCCGGGCUGAGGCUGGCAUGAGCCGGGCCGAGCCCCCGGCCCGCGGAACCCCCAGCCCGCGGAGCUGCAGCCCCGAGGCAGUGGCUGAGGGCUGUGCGGAGUGCCCGGCGCUGUGCCCAGAGGGGCUGCUCCGCUGGCUGCUUCAGCAGGCCGCCCCCGAGCCCACAGCGAGCGGGGGCAUGCGCCUGUGAAGGGCUGUGGGGCAGCGGCUGCCGCCCCGAGCCGCCCCCAUGGAGAUGGGGCUGGCUGCUGGGCACGGCUCCUGGCUCCAGCCCUGGCUGCUGGGCACGGCUCCUGGCCCCGGCCCUGGGUGCUGGGCACGGCUCCUGGCUCCAGCCCUGGGUGCUGGGCACGGCUUCUGGCCCCGGCCCUGGGUGCUGGGCACGGCUCCUGGCCCCAGCCCUGGGUGCCGGGCAGGGCUCCUGGCCCCAGCCCUGGGUGCUGGGCACGGCUCUGGGCCGCAGCCCUGGGUGCUGGGCACGGCUCCUGGCCCCGGCCCUGGGUGCUGGGCACGGCUCCUGGCCCUGGCCCUGGGUGCUGGGCACGGCUCUUGGCCCCAGCCCUGGGUGCCGGGCAUGGCUCCUGGCCCCGGCCCUGGGUGCUGGGCAUGGCUCUUGGCCCCAGCCCUGGGUGCUGGGCACGGCUCCUGGCCCCGGCCCUGGGUGCUGGGCACGGCUCCUGGCUCCAGCCCACAGCCUGCCCCGGCUGCACUGCGCUGUGGCACCCGCGGGUGCCGGGUUUGGCUGGGCUCAGCCCUGCCCGCCGGAGCGUGUUCCCAAAGCCAGGCCCUUCCCCAGCAGUCUUUCCCCUGAAACUGCCUCCUCGCCCCGCUUUUCCCCUAAAACUGCCUCCUCGCCCUGCUCCGGGGCGCCGAGCCCCUGCCGGAGGUUCUCCCCUCGCUGCCCCGGCCGUGCCGCCCCGCCGGCCGGCAGACACGAGGUUAAGGGGGCGAGAGCUGCGGGUUCCUGCCCUGGCGCUUCGGAGGAAGCUUUCCUCCCUUCGGAGCCGAGAGCGCGCAGCCGGGGCGGACAGCCGGGGCGGACAGGAGCACAGACGGGCAGCAGCACGGGCAGGGCGACCCGCGGGGCGCAGGAGCGGCAGCGGGGCGGGCAGACCCCGCUGCCCCGGCGGAGCGAAGGAAGUGUGUGACAGGAUGUGUCAUCCCCACCCUGGGUGGGGACCUCACCUGUGCCCACUGGGGCUGGGCUCACAAGGACGGAGUUUGACCCCGAUGCCUCCAGCGCCGUCUCUGCCAGUGCCGCUCCUGCUGCCCGCCAUGGCAGGUGGCUUCUUCAUCAGCAAGACCGUGGGCAUCGUGGCCAUCGUGCUGGGCCUGGGGGCUGUGGCCACCAUCAUUGCACUCUCGGUGGUGUACGCCCAGGAAAAGAACAAGGGGACAUCAGAUGUGGGCAGCAGCACCACGGCCAGCCCCAACACCACCACCAGCACCACCCCUGCCCCCAACAACCCCUGGAACCGGUGGAGGUUGCCGGCCUCGCUGAAGCCGGAGUUCUACGAGGUGUCCCUGCAGCCCUUCCUGAAGCCCGAUGCCAACAACAUGUACAUCUUCAAGGGCAACAGCAGCGUGGUCUUCUUGUGUGAGGAAGCCACCAACCUCAUCCUCAUCCACAGCAAGAAACUGAACUACACCAUGCAGGGCUCCUUCCAUGCCACCUUGCAGGCAGAGGAUGGUGGCAGUGCCCCUGCCAUCUCCAGCACCUGGCUGGAGGAUACCACCCAGUACCUGGUGGUGCAGCUGGCUGCUCCCCUGCAGCAGGGCCAGCGGUACCGGCUGUCCAGCAGCUUCACCGGGGAGCUGGCCGAUGACCUGGCUGGCUUCUAUCGCAGCGAAUACACGGACGAGUCGGGCACCAAGCAGGUGGUGGCCACCACUCAGAUGCAGGCGCCUGAUGCACGCAAAGCUUUCCCCUGCUUCGACGAGCCGGCCAUGAAAGCCAACUUCACAGUGACACUGAUCCACCCCUCCGGCUACGGGGCCAUUUCCAACAUGCCUGCCAAAAACACCAGGAACCAGGAGAUUGAUGGAGAAAUCUGGCAUGUCACUGAGUUUUACACCACUCCCCGGAUGUCCACGUACCUUCUGGCCUUCAUUGUCAGCCAGUUCAGCAAAGUGGAGAGAAUCUCGAAUGGGACACUGAUUCGCAUCUGGGGCCGCCCCAAAGCCAUCGCUGAGGGCCAGGGCGACUACGCACUCAAUGUCACUGGCCCCAUCCUCAACUUCUUUGAGAAGCAUUACAACACGUCCUACCCGCUCCCGAAGUCUGACCAGGUUGGCCUCCCCGAUUUCAAUGCGGGCGCGAUGGAGAACUGGGGGCUGGUGACCUACCGGGAGAACUCGCUGCUCUUUGAUGCUAGCUACUCGUCCAUCGGCAACAAGGAGCGGGUGGUGACCGUCAUCGCCCACGAGCUGGCACACCAGUGGUUUGGGAAUUUGGUGACGCUGCGGUGGUGGAACGACCUGUGGCUGAACGAGGGCUUCGCCUCGUACGUGGAGUACCUGGGUGCCGACUCUGCUGAGCCCACCUGGAACAUUAAAGACCUGAUGGUGCUGAACGAGCUGCAUGCCGUGAUGGCCACAGACGCCCUGGCCAGCUCCCACCCGCUCUCCUUCCGCGAGGACGAGAUCAACACCCCAGCCCAGAUCAGUGAAGUCUUCGACACCAUUGCCUACAGCAAGGGAGCAUCGGUGCUGCGGAUGCUCUCGAGCUUCCUCAGUGAGGACAUCUUCAAGGAGGGGCUGCAGUCCUACCUCCACACCUUCUCCUACAGCAACACCAUCUACGCUGACCUCUGGGUCCAUCUGCAACAGGCGGUGGACAAGAACAGCGUCAAACUGCCUGACAGUAUCAGCAACAUCAUGGACCGCUGGACGCUGCAGAUGGGCUUCCCUGUGGUCACUGUUGACACUCGCAGUGGCACCGUCAGCCAGGCCCAUUUUCUGCUGGACUCCACAUCUUCUGUGGACAGACCCUCUGUUUUCAACUACACCUGGAUUGUCCCCAUCACCUGGAUGACAGGCAGUGGCCAGGGGAGCAACACCUACUGGCUGACCGAAGUCACAGCCACCUACACCGACUUCAGGGUCAACACCCCCAACUGGCUCCUGCUGAACCUCAAUGUCACCGGGUACUUCCGUGUCAAUUACAACCAGGAGAACUGGGAUCAGCUCCUCAAGCAGCUUGACACUAACCACAUGGUCUUCCCUGUGAUCAACCGUGCCCAGAUCAUUGACGAUGCCUUUAACCUGGCCAGGGCCAAGUACGUCAAUGUGACCUUGGCUCUGAACACGACACGGUUCCUGAGCCAGGAGACGGAAUACAUGCCCUGGCAGGCAGCACUCUCCAACCUCAAGUACUUCCAGCAGAUGUUUGACCGCAGCGAGGUCUUUGGGGCCAUGUCGAAAUACAUGAAGAAGCAGGUGACCCCUCUCUUCGAGUACUACCAGAAGAUCACCAAUAACUGGGAAAAUAUCCCCAGUGACUACCCGCUGAUGGUCCAGUACAACGAGGCCAAUGCCAUCAGCACCGCCUGCUCCUUCGGUGUCACUGCUUGCCAGAAUUUGGCCAUCAACUACUUGCGCCGGUGGCAGAAUAGCAGCACCAACCCGGUCCCCCCGAACCUGCGCUCAGCCAUCUACUGCAGCAUGGUGGCCACGGGCGGGGAGGAUGCCUGGGAUUUCCUCUGGGAGAAGUUCAAGGAGGCCCACGUGGUGUCUGAGGCUGACAAGCUCCGCACAGCCCUCUCCUGCAGCCCGCACCCCUGGAUCCUCAACCGGUACCUGCAGUACACGCUCGACCCUACAAAGAUCCGGAAGCAGGAUGCCACCUCCACCAUCAACAGCAUUGCCAGCAACGUCGUGGGGCAGCCCCUGGCCUGGGACUUCAUCCGUGGCAACUGGAGGACGCUCUUCACCCAGUACGGGGGCGGCUCCUUCUCCUUCUCCCGCCUGAUUUUAGCUGUGACCCAGCGCUUCUCCUCAGAGUUUGAGCUGCAACAGCUGGAGCAGUUCAAGAAGGACAACCAGGACAUCGGGUUUGGGUCGGGGACGCGGGCGCUGGAGCAGGCGCUGGAGCAGACCCGCGCUAACAUCAAGUGGGUGGAGGAGAACCGGGCCGCGGUGCUGAGCUGGUUUGAGAGCGAGAGCAAGAGCGGAUAACGGGCGCCUGCGCUUCCCCGGCCACCGGGACGGACCCUCGGCAGCCCCCCUCCCUGCAUCCCCCCGCCCUGCCACGGAGGGGCUGACGCCUGCAUGAUGGGCACUGCAGACUCGGGGGGCUCGGCAGGGGGAGUCGGGCUGCUGCGCUCUGGGCUGUAAAUAAAUACCUGGUUUCCAGA